UAUAACUUUUUUAAAUUCUAUUUUCAUGCAAAUCAAUAUCAGAGUAUUGGUGCGUUUAUUUCAUAAGCGGUAGCUUUCAGCAGGAUUCAGGAACGCCUGAGAAGUUUCGUUAACGUUACAGCAUUCAUAUUCAGCACCACGGACAGCGACACACAUGACUAACUCCAGUGAAUGUAUUGUGGGGGGAGGUUUCUGUCUCGGCUCAAUCUCUUUUAUUCAUAUCAACUGUAACUUAAGAAACACUUCAGCAUUGAAAUAUAUUACAAAAACACUUGAACACGGUAUUAUUAAGGUAUUUAUUUUUGGGACAUUAAAGUACAUUAAAUCAACGACCGAAUUUACUAUGGAUUUAGUUCCGCUUGAGCAAUAGUGUGACUUUGCACUGAACUGUACUCUUUGAUAUUAUUUGUUGUAAUUUGUAUUGUCAACUCAGAGGGUCGCUGUUGGCAAGCGAGUUACAUUGUAACUAGAUGUUAUUUUUUCUCUGUGUCCUGCCCCUUCGAGUCGAUACGUUGGACACAAUGAGAGAAAGACAGAAUGCAUAGUCCGUGCUCACAAGGAACACUGCGAAAAAUGGUGUAACUGGAUACAUUGCUUAUCUUUCUACAGUUGGAUUGUGGACGUAUUUUUGUUAUCUUUGCUAUAACUUCGCAUUGACUGCAGUGGGAAUGCUUUUCUUUUGAUUGUACAGGGAACGAAACGACGUUGGGCUGAACAAUGAGACGGCAAGUAGUGUUGUUUCUCUUGGUCCUGUUUAUCAGCUACGUGCUCGGCCAGGUCAGCUACUCCAUUCCCGAAGAAAUGACCAAAGGGUCUGUAGUUGGUAAUAUAGCGCAUGAUCUAGGUCUAGAUCUUAAUAGGCUGAAAUCAGGUAAAGCUCGCGUCUAUACUGGAGCCGGUGUAGAAUAUAUCGGACUGAAUAUAGAAAGGGGAGUCCUCCUCGUUCAAGAGAGGAUAGACAGAGAGGCUUUAUGUGGAGAGACGACGCCUUGUGCUUUACAUUUCCAGUUGAUUCUGGAAAAUCCAAUGGAACUGUUUCGUGUUACAGUGGAGAUUACAGAUAUAAACGAUAAUACUCCCAGUUUUACAAAUGCAGAAAAACGGUUUGAAAUUAGCGAGUCUGCUGUUGUAGGAUCGAAAUUCGUAUUAGAGAAAGCUAUUGAUUCUGACAUUGGGAUGAAUGGCUUGCAAAAAUACACACUUACUCCAACUGAUAACUUUCUAUUAAAACUAGAAAACCAGGCAGACGGAAAUAAAAAGGUAGAGAUGGUGUUACAGAAGCCACUAGAUCGAGAAAAGCAGGAAUACAUUUCACUAUUACUAACAGCUAUAGAUGGAGGAGAGCCGCAGAUGUCAGGGACAAUGCAGAUAUUUGUCAACGUACUAGAUGUGAACGACAACGCACCUACAUUCGCUAAACCACUAUACAGAGCAAAAAUACUUGAAAAUUCUCCAAAAGGCACCAGUAUAACGACUGUAAGUGCAUCUGAUAAAGAUAUUGGCUCGAACGGAGAGCUAUCAUAUCUUAUAUCUCCCAGCAAACGUCUUUUAUAUGAACUGUUUAGGAUUGACUCGAAAAGUGGUGAAAUCACCCUUAACGGUGAAAUAGAUUAUGAAAAAGCCAACAUUUAUCAAAUCGAUAUUGAAGUUGUAGACAGCGGGGGUCUAUCUGAUUCCACCAAAGUGAUAGUUGAUGUAAUUGAUAUAAAUGACAACAAUCCUCACAUAAACAUUGUUUCUAAAUCAGAAUCCAUAUUAGAGGACUCGCCCCCAAAUACUGUUAUUGCUAUGUUAAGUAUAAACGAUCCAGAUUCAGAGAAUAAUGGAAAAGUAGAGUGUAAUAUAGACGAAAAUAUUCCCUUUCAAAAUACAAACUACAUUAAAUGGAUUUUAUACUUUAGUUACAGAGGUCGCUUUGGACAGAGAGAUCGCUUCUCAAUAUAAUGUAACUGUGACCUGCUCUGAU